CCCACUCCUCUUCCCUUUUUAAACCCAACAAGAUCCUCAUCUCCCCUUGCCACUCCCCAGCCCACCUUAUUCUUCUGCCCCACGAACCGCAGUUCCUCUCCCCCUCUCUCUCUCCCUCUCUCUCUAUAUCCCUCCAAUGGAUCCAGUCACUGCAUGGGGAAACACCUCCCUGGAAUUAGUGGACCCAGAAAUCCACGACUUGAUCGAGAAGGAAAAACGCCGGCAAUGCAGAGGUAUCGAGCUCAUCGCUUCAGAAAAUUUCACAUCUUUCGCCGUUAUAGAGGCCCUCGGCAGCGCUCUGACUAAUAAGUACUCAGAGGGUAUGCCAGGAAACCGCUACUAUGGCGGGAAUGAAUAUAUUGAUCAGAUUGAAAAUCUCUGCAGAUCUCGGGCUCUUGAAGCUUUUCAUUUAGACGCCACAAAAUGGGGUGUAAAUGUUCAGCCAUAUUCAGGUUCUCCUGCAAAUUUUGCUGCUUAUACAGCAGUUCUUCAGCCCCAUGACAGAAUCAUGGGGUUGGAUUUGCCUUCUGGAGGGCAUUUGACUCACGGGUAUUACACAUCUGGGGGCAAGAAGAUUUCAGCCACCAGUAUUUAUUUUGAGAGUUUGCCUUACAAGGUGAAUUCGCAAACUGGAUAUAUUGAUUAUGAUAGAUUGGAGGAGAAGGCUCUGGAUUUUAGGCCUAAGCUUAUUAUUUGUGGUGGAAGUGCUUACCCGAGAGAUUGGAAUUAUAAAAGGUUUAGAUCUGUCGCUGAUAAGUGUGGUGCCCUUUUGCUUUGUGAUAUGGCUCACAUCAGUGGCCUUGUCGCUGCUCAGGAAGCUGCCAACCCCUUUGAGUACUGUGACAUAGUCACCACCACUACCCACAAAAGUUUGAGGGGUCCUAGGGCUGGUAUGAUCUUCUAUCGCAAGGGCCCCAAACCACCAAAGAAGGGUCAGCCAGAGAAUGCGGUAUAUGACUUCGAAGACAAGAUCAACUUUGCUGUUUUCCCAUCUCUUCAGGGUGGUCCCCACAAUCACCAGAUUGGUGCUCUGGCUGUUGCCCUGAAACAGGUCCAAACCCCUGGGUUCAAGGCCUAUGCCAAACAAGUCAAGGCAAAUGCCGUUGCCCUUGGAAACUACUUGAUGAGCCAGGGAUACAAGCUUGUUACUGAAGGAACUGAGAACCACCUCGUUCUGUGGGAUCUUAGACCCCUUGGAUUGACAGGCAACAAGGUUGAAAAGCUCUGUGACCUUGCAAACAUCACCGUCAACAAAAAUGCCGUGUUUGGUGACAGCAGUGCUUUGGCUCCGGGAGGAGUAAGAAUUGGUACCCCCGCCAUGACUUCAAGAGGUUUGGUAGAGAAGGAUUUCGAACAGAUUGGAGAGUUCCUCCACCGUGCUGUGACCAUCACGCUGAGCAUCCAAAAGGAGCAUGGAAAGCUCUUGAAGGACUUCAACAAGGGUCUGGUGAACAACAAGGACAUUGAGGCACUGAAGGCUGAUGUUGAAAAGUUUUCUGGCUCCUUCGACAUGCCUGGGUUUCUGAUGUCUGAGAUGAAGUACAAGGAUUAGGCUCCUUCGACAGGUCAUGCCUUGGUGGGUUUCUGAUGUCUGAGAUGAAGUACAAGGAUUUAAGCCUUGCUUCUAUGCAAUUAUAAUUAGCUUCCGGUCUUAGAAAACUUCAACCCCCCCCCCCCCUCCGCCCCGGAAAAGAGAAGUUUCUUCUUCGUCCAUUCAUGGUCUUGUAGUUAGUUUCCAUUUCUUCUUUUGAUUUUAGUUUCACUUUUAUGCUGGUUCUCUCUUUUUUUUUCUUUUUGGUCAUGGUGGGAUGAGUUCCUUUUGUCAUGCUGGGAUGAAUGUCAUGUCAUAUGGGUUCUGAUAAUGUUCCAUCCUCUCAAUGGCCUGUUCUAUUAUUAUCAUGUAUUUGAUUGUCCAACCAAUAAAGUAAUGAAUUAUAGCUUUA